AAUGGGAACUAAGCGCCCCCUCCAUGAACGAUCACCACCUGGAUUGGACAUUGUACCAGCCAGUCAAAGAAGACGACUUUCCUUUUCUAACAGUGACUUAUCAGAUACUCGACAAUUAAAGGGGCUCUACGAACUCUGUCUUGAUCAAGUACUUCGAGGAUUACAUCCAGUUUCAAGAGACACGGCUAUUAGACUUGCUGCAAUUCAAUGUUUUGUACAAUAUGGACCUUUUUAUGAUGGAGUACAGAGCAGUGUUCGUGCUUACAAUUUGUUGCCAAAAGAAUAUUUACAUGCAAGGGAACAUGAGAAAAAUAUAAUUGAACAAUACCGAAAUUUAAUUUUUCCAAACGACAUAGCUGCACAACGGAAAUAUUGUGACAUUUGUAAGAAUCUUCCAACAUACGGAAUGAUUUUUUUCAAUGUAAAGGAACCUGUCCGAAAUAAAUUAGUGCCUCGUCUAUUUGGUGUUAAUAAGGAAUGCGUAAUGAGUGUUGACAAAAAGAACAAGGUUGUUCUCAAAUCCUGGCCGUUGGAGCAACUUAGGAGAUGGGCUGCCUCUCCAAAUACUUUUAAUAUUGAUUUUGGUGAUUACCAAGAUGGGUAUUACUCUGUUCAGACGCCAGAGGCAGGAAAGAUUAAACGACUCAUAGCUGAAUUUGUGGAUAUAAUACUUAUCAAAAAACAAUUAGUGGACCCUUUUGGUGUUGAGGGGGAUGAAGGGGCUAUUAUGAUUGAAGACUUUGUACAUCGUGCCCGUUCUGUUCCUCUAUCGGCCGAGGAUUUACAGAUAAUACAAGAAAGUGAAAAAGAUGUUAGAAGAGCAAAACCUAAUGAACCACCUGAACGCUAUGAACAAGUUGUUGUUCCAGAAGGCUUUAAGCCCUCAAUAGACGAGCAAAAAUUAAUUGAACAUUACCGCCCAAUGACAGUUCCAAUUCCGGUUGCAGAGUUUCCAAGGAGUUAUCAACGUCUUCCUAGCGCUCCUCCAUUAAUAAACAUCACCCAACCAACAACUCCCCAAUCCCCUAUUCAUUUUACCCAGACAGAACGUUACGAACAAUUACCCCCGCAAAUUUUUGAAGAAACUGCCAAAAUUUCACCACAAAAUGUUCCAGGCAAUUUUUAA